AUGUCGUCCAAGAAGCUGUUCCCAAACGGCGAGGCAGCUCCGGAAGGUUCUGUAGGUCGUCAUGGAAACCAACGAACCUUAGGAAUCGUCCUGGCACUGUCAGGACUCGCGGCUGUGGUGGGUUUCGUCGCCCUGUUCAAUGACAUCGCCACUAUGCGGGAACAGCAAAGUGCGAUCAUGAGAGAGAUAUGGAAUAUACAGGAUCAGCACACCGCGUUCCAGACAGAUCAGCGCGAACAGCAAAUGGCGUUAGAGGAAGAACUACACCACCUGAAGGAUCAGGUGCUCCAGAUGCAGUUGAAGCAAGAGAAGGAGGCUGAGGACAAGGGCCCAGCUGGCUCAACUGACGAUUGGCGACGUGAUGACAGCGCCACCUUUUGGAAAAGUGCGGAAGUGCACCGCAGAUCCAAGAGGAACUCAGAGUCCAAGACUGUAGUCAUCCUUGGAAAACGUUCAGCAGCCCCGACUGCUCCUCCUGCAGUGUCAGACUGUGCUGCAUUUAAAGCCGCCGGACACACGACCAGUGGAGUCUACACACUCGGCUCACCCCUGUCCGGUGUAGAGGUCUACUGUGACAUGGAUACAGCAGAAGGGGGCUGGACUGUGAUCCAACGACGAUUGGACGGGUCAGUUCCAUUCAACCGGACCUGGGAGGAGUACAAGCACGGGUUUGGGAACAAGAACGGGGAAUACUGGCUUGGGAAUGACAACAUCCACCUCCUGACUACUCAGAAGGACUAUAGACUACGGAUCGACAUGAUGGACUGGGAUAUGCGAACGCGCUACGCGGAAUACAACACUUUUAGGGUGUCCGGUGAGUCAGACCAGUACCGGCUGACCGUUUCCGGGUAUUCAGGCGACGCGGGAGCCUCCAUGACUGACAACAACGGGCAGAGGUUCUCCACUGUGGACAGGGACAACGAUGCUUGUCCCUGCCACUGUUCUCAGUGGUGGGGACAGGGCGGCUGGUGGUUUUGGGGCUGCAGCUUCUCCUUCCUCAACGGCCGCUACCUGCGCAACUGUGGGAACUCCUGUGAAGUCUGGCAAGGUGUGCUGUGGUACACUUGGAGAGGCUCUAAUUACUCCCUGAAGUCUGUGUCUAUGAAAAUCAGGCCCAAUAAUUGAUUUUGCUCUACUAAAUCUGAUCACACCCAGUUAUCCACAAAACCAUCAAUCCUACAUGUCUGUAACGCCAAGGACAUUAUACACAGAUAUAAUGUCCUUGGUAACGCUGACAAGUAAUGCUCUCUAUUGUAGCGGCUUUGUCUGAU